AAUACUUUCAUAUAAUGACGUCAUCAGCUUCCUUACUUCCGGUGACUGCAGCUAGUGUUAUGAUCCACUAACGUUUGUAUUUCAUUCUUGGGCAAGGAUAGUUUUAACUAUCACUGUCGCCAGAAGAAACGUCAUCGAGAUAAGACAUUUAUAAAGUGCGUCAGCAGCAAGAUGUCUGGGUUUCUGGAUAACUGCAACUGGCCAAAGUGUGACUGCAUUGAGCUAGGUGAAAGGAGAAACUUUGUGGCAUCAAUUAUAUCAGGAGUUAUGUUUUUUUCAGGCUGGUGGAUGGUGAUUGAUGCAGCUGCUUUGUACCCAAACGAGGCUGACUUUAAUCAUGCCUUUCACACCCCAGGAGCUAUAUCGACAUUAGCAUUCUUCUUAAUCAAUUCUGUGUCAAAUGGUCAGAUUCGAGGAGAGUCAUAUACUACUGGCUGUUUGGGCCAAAGAGGUGCCAGAGUCUGGCUUUUCAUCGGUUUCUUAUUGGCCUUUGGAGCACUGAUUUCAGCUGCAUGGAUUCUGUUUGGUGUUUAUGUCGCCAACUCUGUGGAAAAAGACUGGCCUGGUAUUGCUGUCUUUCUUCAGAAUGCUCUUAUCUUCUUCAGUGCCAUGGUGUUUAAAUUUGGAAGAACAGAAGACCUUUGGGGAUGAGGCUGAAGAAUAUGUUUUUCUAGGGCAAAAUCUGUGUUUCUUUUACUUAAAAGUCAUAACAAAUGCAUGUUUGAUAUUGUGUGUUUUCCCCCUUUGCUGCUUACAUUAAAGCUGGUUUGUCUUUAUUUACAGUUCAUGAACAUGCCCUUGUACUUAGUGUUUGCUUUCAGUUACUAUAAAAAUGUAUUAUAUUGUAAAGAUGUUGUAGAAUGUCUUUUAUUUUAAAAUUUUCUUCCUUGUUUAUCAAAAAACUAGUGUUGAAAACAUUUAACAGCAAUCACCAAUGUUGUGUAUGAUAUUAAUGAAGAAUAGAAGCUGGAGAUUUUUUUUUUUUACCCUUAGCAGUUUCAAUUUUUGUACACAGUGGCAUAAAAAGUUUUUUUCUACAUUGUUUUCAUGAAAGAAUCUCUAUUGCAGACUGAUUAGUCUGCUGUAUUUAUUAUGUUUAUGUCUGCAGUAUGAUCAAUACAUAACAUUUAAGGCUUUAUCAUUAAUGAAGACAGUAACUUAUACACAUUUUACAUUUUUAAGUGUGAUGGUAUCUCUAAUCCUUAGUCUGCCUAUUAAAUGCUUUCUGGAUUUAAGGUUUAAUUACUAAUUUUGUAUAAAGCCAUUGUUAGCUUAGCAACAUGAAGUACUGAAAUAACUGGUAAACUGUCUUAGCAGUGGGGAAGAAAUUACAAUCGACAGACUGGAAAAAUAAACCUCAUGUUGUAAGCAGAAAACUUUGUCAGUUCAGCUCACCAAAUCCUGCUUUUAGUCUUUUGAGUUUACCAACAGACUUCCUUAAAGGUACAGUCUGUCAUGUUUUUGUCACUGCAACCUUUGAAACAUUGAAUUUUAUGUGCACCCUGCUGAACAUUUUCAAAAGGUCACAAAUGCAAAUAGGCCUAUAAAGAACUUUUACUUCCUGAAUAUUUGGUUGUGGAUAUUUUUCAUUGGUAGGCAAGAAAAAAAAUUUGUUGGUUGUGUACAUUUUUGUGUAUAAGGACAUUGUACAAUCCUGCAUUAGUACUGGUCUGGACUGUCUUUAGCUCCUAUCAUGUCUUAAGCAGCUUCAUUAUAUCUUGCUGUACAUUAAAAAGGAAUGUUUGGGGAAAACAAGUGUCCACGCUAUGGACUUGUGCUGUUUCUGAUGAUUACGAGAUGCAGGCUGUGUGGCUGUGCUGUGUACACAUGCAUUUUUGUGUGGGUGUGCUCAUGUGUGUAAUGCCUGGGCAAAUGCUUGCAUUCAUAUGAGAAAAGAAACAAAAUUACAAAACAUCAUGCCUUGCUAUCUCUGCAAUCUUUUUACUCUUUAUUUGUACAAAUGUCCAUUAUAAAAUAACAUGCUUAUUUAAUAUUUGAUAUGUAGCUUGGAGAAUAUGUCAACUGUAGAUUUGGUUCAAGCUGUUUACCUUGUAAUUAUUGUUUCUGUAAAUAUUUAGUAAAAUGUACACAGAUCAAUCUUCAUUUAUCCAAUGAAAACUGUCAUAAAUACAUUAUUUGUUAUUAUACAGUUUUGUUCAUGUUGGAUAUAAAAUAAAGUGCAUACUUUGUGAGUAUUAUCUGUACACAA